UUUUAAAGCAGUUCUUGCACAGGAUUUGGACCUUCAAAAUUUCAACUAUAAGAACAUAAAAAGAACAUAACUCAAAAACACAACAGCAAGCAGAUCAUGUGAAGAGCUCCUUCAAGUUCACUUACAGUUCAGAACUAUGGACCAUAAGAAUAUGACUAAGGUCCACGAAUUUAUUUUACUUGGAUUUCCAGCCACCAUGGAAGUGCAAGUGCUUCUAUUUGUGAUAUUCCUUGUGGCCUAUGUCCUGACACUCCUGGAGAAUAUUGUUAUAAUUACUGUCAUCAAAAUCAACCCUCAGCUGAACAAGCCCAUGUAUUUCUUCCUCAGCAACCUCUCCUUCCUGGAGACAUGGUAUGUUUGUGUUAUAGUUCCAAGGCUAUUGGCCAACUUCCUAAUGAAAGACAAGUUCAUCUCAUUUGAAGGUUGCAUGACUCAGCUCUACUUCUUUAGCUCCCUCAUAUGCACAGAGUGUGUCCUUCUUGCAGUCAUGGCAUAUGACCGAUAUGUGGCCAUCUGCAAUCCACUGCGCUAUACUAUCAUUGUCACCCAACGCCUAUGCAUGGAGCUAGCAAUGGGGUCGUGGCUAACUGGCUUCUUGGCCUCAAUGUUGAAGGUUAUCUUCAUUUCUCGUCUGCCCUUCUGUGGCCCUAAUAUAAUCAACCACUUCUUCUGUGAUAUUUCCCCCUUGUUAAAUAUGGCAUGUGAGGAUAUGACAGUGGCUGAAAUAGUGGACUUUAUCUUGGCAUUGCUAAUUUUGUUGGUCCCACUCUCAGUAACUAUAGUUUCCUAUGGAUGCAUUAUUGGCACCAUUUUGCGUAUUCCCACCAUUCAGGGACGGAAGAAGGCCUUCUCCACUUGUGCUUCCCACCUAACUGUGGUCGUCAUCUUCUUCUCAGCCACUCUCUUCAUGUAUGCACGACCAAAGAGAAUCCACCCUUUUGAUCUCAACAAAUUGGUGUCAAUGGUAUACACAAUUGUAACUCCCAUACUGAACCCUUUCAUCUAUUGUCUGAGGAACCAAGAGGUCAAGGGAGCACUAAAGAAACUUUUCUGUAGCACAAGUGCCCUCCCCCAAAAUUUGGUGCCAGUCAGUAAUGUUGAAUGGGUCACAUAA